UCUUAUCAACGACGAUACUAACAACAAUCAAUCCCAGCGACCACCAGAUAAAUCGCCAAGAUGGUACGUUUGAUCUCAUUCUGUUGUUGAAUUGUUGAGGGCGCUUCAAGUUCGAUGGGGGACAUUGCUUGGGAUUGUUGGAAAGGCAAGAAGAAGAAUUUGGAACUUCGAGAGAAAAUAUGCGACAAUCCGAUGGAAAAUGAUUAAUGGAGGGAAAUAUGGCUUCCGGCGCAUAAUGAACUAUCCUCGAGCUGCCGAAUGAACCCAUCGUCAAUAUAAUUUCUGCGACAUGACGACUUUGCAGGCAAUUUCUAACACAUCGGAUGAUGGUCAGCAUUGUGGAGUGGGGGGGAACCAUAUGGAGAAGCGCUUCAGGAGGAUGAUUUUAACUGGAUUAAUCGAGACUGACACUUUCCCUUUCUCGCAGGUCAACGUCCCAAAGACCAGACGCACUUACUGCAAAGGCAAGGAUUGCCGAAAGCACACCCAACACAAGGUCACUCAAUACAAGGCUGGAAAGGUACAAUACUCGAUCAGCAUCUCGAAGAUUUAUCAAAAUUAAUAUCUUGGAUUAGGCUUCGUUGUUCGCUCAAGGAAAGCGUCGUUAUGAUCGAAAACAAUCCGGUUAUGGUGGUCAGACAAAACCCGUUUUCCACAAGAAGGCAAAGACCACAAAGAAGGUUGUUUUGAGAUUGGAAUGUACAUCCUGCAAGACGAAGGCACAGUUGGCAUUGAAGCGUUGCAAGCACUUCGAGCUUGGGUACGAAUUCCCAAUACUUAUUCUCGUGCAACAAGUGCGCAAUACACCUGAACACGCAGCUAACAAUUUAAUAGUGGUGACAAGAAGACCAAGGGUGCUGCAUUGGUAUUCUAGAUUUGUGCAUGCUAUGGCGAUUCUGUUUUCAUCGGGGACAAAUGGAUGGGUCGACGGAUUUUGCGAGGAACAUACACAAAUACUCAAAUGGUUGAGUGAUGAGGCGUGGGAGAAAACGAUGUGGUUGUACUCCUUGUACCUCAUCCUAAGUUACCAAAUGAAACAUAGCAAAGUCUGCUGAUGACAUACCAUACUGGAGGUUUUUAUGUGAUAAUGCUUGAAGAUAUCUGCAGUAGCUUACAUAUUCGUGAUUGGGAUAUGGUGUGGAAGUGGACAAUGAGAAAUGUAUCACAAUUAAUUUUCUUUUCCAUGUAUCAUGC